AUGACGGACCCACCGGCUACUUCGGCAUCCGUACAGACAGCCGCGACAGAAAUUCCGACCAUCAUCGAACCAGAAGCAGACGCAGAAGAGCGUGGCCGGCUCAAGCGACGUAGGCAGUCGUCACAGCAUUCUCCACGCCGUGCAUCCUCACCAUCUCGCGGCCACGAUCGCAACAGCGGUUCCCGAUAUCGAGAGCAUCACCGCAAACAUCACCGCCCCUCGUCUCCGACGUCUUCCGUCUCUCCGCCCACAUCCGACCAGAAGAAGACCAGACGGCGCAGUGAUGCCGAGCCUGACCAUACAUUCAGGGGACGAGCACGCAACAGGAGUGGCAGCAGGGGAAGGACUAGAAGUCCCAUCUUGGAAGCCGACGAUGCAUGUGUCGAGAGCGAUGACGAUGUAAAGAGAUUCAGGAAGAGAAGUGCGCCGCCCAGUCGGCACAGGAUCGACGACUCGGACGAGGGGGGUGAGGUUCGGCGGCAGAGAAGCUACCCCAAUCUAUACAAAGAGGACAGGAGAGAUUCCAAGGGUGAGGGUGAGGGAAAGACGCAUGGAGUGGGUUUCGUGAACUCGAGCGCAGAAACCGAAGCGGUGCCCCACUUGGUCGACUAG